UUAAAAAAAAACCCAAAUACAUGCGUCAAGUUUGCCGGACAUGCGCAUAACGGUCGAAAUAAGACCGACGCGCUGGCCUCGCCAUCUCUGGGUUACCAAAAAUAGACGCUUCGACGAAAUACGCCCUCACAGGGCAUUUUUGGAGUUAAUAAAAACCAAGUUUUAAACCUCGUUUUUCCUGAAAAUUGUGUUGUGCAGUGACCAGUUUUUCGUAUUAAUCGAGAGGAAAAACUCCGAAGUUUAUCCGAGACGGCGAAAAAGUAUGAUAAGAUAAACCAUACAAAUUCUCCAAUAUGACUGAAGCCACAGAAUUUGUCAAUAUAAACGAGCAAGCCAUAAAAGUCGAGGAAGGAGCUGAAAAUGUCACCGAAAUCCAGUCCUAUUUGGCAGGAUUCCAAAAAGAAAUCGGAGAUGGGAAUAUUGGAUCUAAUGCAUCAGAAAUGGCCAGUUCCUCGGAAGAUCAAGAGGAGCAGCCUCAAGAAGGUACUUACUUCAUUGACCAGGCGGGACACUAUUACUUCCAAGCAAAAGGAGAGUCCCAACCAGUUAUGACUGUCAUGUCAGCAUUACCAGAGCAGGCUACAGAAGAGGGCGAAGGCGAAGAAUUCAUUCUUAGCCAGGAUGACGAUGAGGAGGAGGAGGAAGGCGUCGAAGCCUCGGAGGAACCUGAAGAGGUACCACCAUCCUCAGAAACCGGCCAAAACAACCAGAUACUAAUAAAUUCCGGCAACGCUUUCCAACGAGUUACCGUAGUCCCUUCAGAUGGCAAUUCGGGUGAACUUAGUUAUGUUCUUAUUGUACAAGAUCCGGAUAUAAAAGAGGGAGAAGGAAACGAUGAAGAGGAUGAUCAAGAUAUGGCAGUUUACGACUUUGACGACCAAGAGAGCAGCUCGGUCCGCAUGGAUUCCGACUUAGAAGACGACAAGUCGAAAAUCGUGAAAGUGGUGCCGCGGAAAAACACCCAAACCGUUACCCAGGCGUACAUGUGCAACUACUGCAACUACACCAGCUCGAAACGGUAUCUGUUGUCCCGUCAUAUGAAAUCGCACUCGGAGGAGCGACCGCAUAAGUGUAGCGUGUGCGAGCGCGGUUUUAAAACGAUCGCAUCGUUACAGAACCACGUGAACACGCAUACCGGCACCAAGCCGCACGCGUGCAAGUUUUGUGAGGCGGCCUUUACUACUUCCGGUGAACUGGUACGCCACGUCCGUUACCGUCACACCCACGAGAAGCCCCACAAAUGUGGCGAGUGCGACUACGCGAGCGUGGAACUAUCGAAACUGAAACGUCACAUCCGGUGCCACACCGGCGAACGACCGUAUCAGUGUCCCCAUUGUACCUACGCCAGUCCGGACACGUUUAAGCUGAAGCGACAUUUAAGGAUCCAUACCGGCGAAAAACCUUACGAGUGCGAUAUGUGUGGCUCCAGGUUCACGCAGAGCAACAGCCUUAAGGCCCACAGGAUGACCCAUAACAUUGGAGAUAAGCCGAUAUUCCAGUGCCAGUUGUGUCCGACCACGUGCGGCAGAAAAACCGAUCUGCGUAUCCACGUUCAAAAGUUACACACGUCGGAUAAGCCUUUGAAGUGUAGGAGAUGUGGAAAAUCGUAUCCGGAUAGAUAUAGUUAUAAGCUCCAUAGUAAAUCCCACGAGGGCGAAAAAUGCUUUAAAUGCGACCUCUGCCCGUACGCGUCGAUAUCCGCAAGACAUUUGGAGUCUCACAUGCUCAUCCACACCGAUCAGAAACCGUUCGAGUGCGACUUGUGCGAUCAGUCGUUUAGACAAAAGCAGCUGCUGAAGAGGCAUCAGAACCUUUACCAUAACCCCGAAUAUAUUCCGCCGCCACCCAAGGAGAAGACCCACGAGUGUCCCGAGUGUUCUAGGACUUUUAGGCAUAAAGGAAACUUAAUUAGACACAUGGCCGCCCACGAUCCAGAUCCCACAAUACAAAGAAAACAACUGGAGUUGAAACUGGGAAGACAAAAGAAGAUUCAAAUGAUCGACGGACAACCGGUGGAAGUUUUGGGUCCUGGUUUGGGCUCGGACGAGGAGGAAGAAAUCGACAUGAUGGCCGUAGAAGGAUCCGACGGGCAACAAUACGUCGUGUUAGAAGUGAUCCAGCUCGCAGACGGGGAAGAACAAACGAUGGUGGUAAAUGGGGACGGUUCUGAGAAUAGUAUCGUCGGCAUGGAUGGCGUUAUGCAAAACGGUGAACUAGACGAAGAUGUGAUAAAAGCCCUGCAGUCAGCAAGAAGGGCUAACGCUGACGGCGAGAGUGAAAAGAAACCGACCAGCACGGAAACCGAUAUGCAAAACUGUUUUGGAUUUGAUGAGGAAGAAGAAGAUGACCAACAAAGGGAAGCCCUGACUCUUCUUUCUAGCAUAGACUGAAUUUCUUGUUUUUGAAUAGAUUGCAGAGUUUUAAUUUUUAAGCCAACUUUUUCCUUGUACAGAUUUGAGCAUGCCUUGGAAAGACCUCAUUUAUUAAUGCUGGUAUUAUUUGAAUUGAACGAAUUCAAAAAAAGAAGUAAUGUUAAAAGUUUUUCAGUAUUUUUGAACCUUUAAUACAAUAUUAUUUAUGUAAUUAGUUGUUAAUUUUAUUAUAAAAACAUUCUUUUUUGUGAAUAUAUAAGAGUUUGGAGAAUUAUUGACUCUGUGUAAUAUAUGUUCUAUUAUAGAA